UAUUAGAAAUUAACACAGUGCAAAAUGUUAAAUUUGCGGGAAUGCCGUUUAGUUCGCGAUAAGAAUUUAAUUGCUGCUACCAUCAAAUGCUUAUAUUUCAAACAUGCAGAUGAGAUUCCAGUAACCAAAUCAAAAGAAAAUUGGAAGUCUAAAAGAUAUAUCAGUUCUCAGUUGUCGAAAGGACAGAAAAAUAAUGGCUGUGAUACGUCCGGUUCCAUUCAAAACAAGUAUAAAAUAUUCCGGGCAGAAGAAUUUUCGGAAAUUUUCGAUGUGGAGAAAGAACGUCAACAUCAAAGAGAACAGACGGUACCAGAUCAUAGCUCAGAAGUAAACUUAAAAAGAGGCAUACGAGGUGUGUUUGAUAUUGAUAGCCUGGUUGAAGUGCUGCGCAAGGAAGGUGCGGAAGAUAUCUUUGUCUGUUCGGUGCCUAUGGAAUUAAAGUAUGUAGAUUAUUUGGUGGUAUGCAGCGGACGUAGUCGUCGCCACCUAACGGCAAUAGCAGAAUUUGUGAGAUACAUGUAUAAAGUCAAGCGUCAUUCGGAUGACACUUUACCCAAAAUAGAGGGAAAAGAAAGUCAUGAAUGGAUGGCCUUGGACUUGGGUAAUAUAGCUUUGCAUAUACUUGCGCCAAAAGUUCGUAUAUCUUAUGACCUAGAAUCAUUGUGGGCUAUUGGCGCAGAAUAUGACCGUGAAUUUAACAAGCCCCAGGAUCCUUUGGUAGAGCUGUUCGAAAAGCACUCUACUCUGCUGGCAGAUUUGAAAAAAUUGUAAAUAGUAUAGCAAUAAAGUUUUGAUUUCAAGGAAGUGUGACUAUGUACAGCCAAAAGCAAAAGAGAUUAAUAUAAACCUAUCAAAACCUAAAAAUAUUUGUUCAUGUUUAUAAGAACAGUAGAUUUAGAAAUAUUCUUUAAAUGAUCAUGAAGUCGGUACAUGUUUAUUAAAU